AUAGUCAUGAAAUCUCAAGACAGUGAACACAUGAUUCUAGCGUCGAUCAACGCCGAUCGUUGGAAUGAUCAAUUCUGAUACGUAAUCAAGAUGAUGAAUAAGGACAACAAUGGCAUUCUACUGUCUCAGACAACAGAACUCCCGCCAAAGCGGCAGAAACUUGACAUCAGUGGUUCCUCGUCUCUCAAGCCUCAAGAUAAUUGUAAGAGUGCCUUGAGCUCUAAUCCACAGGACUCAGAAGCCAUCACGCAACAAGGGAGAAUGGGGUUUAGGUCUUCUUGCAAUGCUCUUCAGGAGAAAAAUGACGACGAUAAUUCCAUACAAGAAUGGCACCUGACGAAGAAAAUGGGAAAGGAUUUGCCAUUUGACUCCUCAGAUUCAGUCAAUGACGCCAAUACUGACGAAUGUGGGAAUGACUUUGACGAGCUAUUUGAAGAGGAGCCACCGCAAGGUCGCAGAAUUAUCGUGGGAGAUCAUGAGACUCUAUCUUCAAACUCGAAUUUCUUCGAAAUUGAUUGGACGAAAUAUUACACGGUCAUAGCACCUGGCAUGUUCGUCUGCAAUGCUUGUUCGCACAUUACAUCUUCCUGUACAAUGAUGCAGGCUCACAUCUGGGUUGCCCAUUGUGUGGGAAGCUUCAAGUGCCUUCUUUGUCCGGCACAGGUUCUGUCACAUAGAUACUAUGUUAAGAGACAUAUGAAAAUCAUGCACUCCAAUGCUUCUUCAUAAGCUACAAGCCACAAAUUAAAAUGUAUUCAUAUCUCGUUGAUCGAAUAAAUGAAUAUUAACAGU